GCGAUGGACUCCUCGUCGGGGCUGCGUAGAAGAAGGGUUUCAGUCGCCGUGGUUCUGCUCCACUGGGCCGGCGGAUGACAGCAGCUGCUUUCACGCUAAUGAGGGUCUGAUUCUGCCACACAGACACAAACAUGUCACAUGGCUUACCCCUCCAACCCCGCCCCCCUCGCCUCCGGGUCGUUAGUCUCUCUUUACCUCAGCGUUAAUCCCCCCCCUACCUCUCCCCCACCCUCCCUGCUCUCUUGCACACUCUCUCUCUUUUGCUCCUCCCCCCUCUUCCCUCAAAGCCGGCAGGCUGCCAUUUGAUCCAGACGGCUCCUUCCAUGAUCCCUGGAAUACAACGCGCCCUCGCUGCUCCAUGGCGUUUUGGCUUGUUCCCGCUUUGCAGGGCAGAGAGCAGGGAAGGAUGCCAGCACCACACUGAACACCAUCAACAUCGCCUGGCCUUUCCUUCCCUUCCCCUCCUGUGAUCUGAGCCUGUCGUUCUCUCCGUGUACCUGACCUCUCUUCUCACCCCUUGUCGACAGCCCCUCACCCCCCAUCUCCUAUUUAAUGCUGCUGCCCCCUCGACAAUGAUACCAUGCGUUAACUGGCUGCAGCCUUUCCUUGUCUUCAUCUCCUCAACCUUGCUAGCGGGAGGCCACAUCUGCCCAUCCAGCUGUUUGUGUCCGGACCACCACACUGUGGACUGCACCAGCCAAGGUCUAACCACGGUCCCGGACUUUAUCCCUCUGGACGUUCGCCGUCUCCUGCUCUCCAACAACUGGAUCCCCUGGAUCCCCUCAGACUUCCUGGUCUUUUACAGCGAUCUGGUAUACUUGGACAUCAGGAAUAAUUCCCUCUCUCAGUUGGAGCCAGGGACCCUAAGCACCUCUUCCAAAUUGGUCUUUUUGGACCUGGGCAGCAACAACCUGACAGAAAUCUCCUCAGGAACAUUUGGGGAGUCAAGCAAUCUGAUCAAACUUCGAUUGGGGAACAACCCCUACCUAAACAUGGUGGACAGGGAUGCUUUCACAGGGCUGACGUCUUUGAGGGAGCUGGAGAUGGAGAGGAAUGGUCUAACGGCACUGGACGUCACGGUCCUUGAAUCUUUGCCCUCCCUGCGGAUGCUGCGUCUGGAGGGCAACCCUUGGCUCUGCAACUGCCACUUUGCAAAACUGUUUGCGUGGCUGACAGAGAACCAACACAAGCUCCCACAGGGUAUGGGGGCGAUAGAGUGCUCCCUGCCUCUGGAUGGGCGUCGUGUGCCCCUAAGUCUACUCUCUGAAGACAGCUUCCAGGAGUGCCGGGGCGCCCUCACCCUGACCGACUACUUGAUUGUCAUCUUCUCCGGCAUCUCGGUCUCAGUGGCAGCCAUCGUGGCCAGCUUCUUCCUCGCUUCCACAGUCCACUGCUUCCAGCGCCUCAGCAAAGGCAGCAAAGGAGAUGAGGAAGAGGGCAUUGACUGAUGAAGGAACAGAAAGAGGGAAUUAGGUGAUCAAACAAAAGGGUUUCUUACUAAACUCUUGCUCACAACUCAACAAAACCUGAGCGCAAGGAAGAUUGUUGUGACGCGAGGUGGUAACGGCAUUUAAGGAAAAUGCCACAUGGAGAAGUUCUUCCCUUCAAAACAAAGACCACACUUGAUGUAUGGUGAGAAUCAGGGAAUGUGUUCUGUUGCUUGCUGUGCUGUGUGUGAGGCGCUGUGCAGUGCAAUGAGCUGUAGCAUUAUCAAAAUAUGCCAAUCCUGAAAAAUAUGUAUGCAGUCCUACUCAUUGAGUCAGACAUUAGUAAAUGUAUUCUAGAUGGAGGUGAGGGGACAAAUGUCACUGCACAAUGGAAGGGAAAUACAAGCUGUGUCCGAUCAGAUCUGUACAGUUAUUUGUUGGGGUUACAAUGUGGUGACAUUAAGAAAAGGUCUGCCAGUAGAAGAUGACCAAUAAACAACCACCCUGACUCAUAUCAGGAUCAGACUACUCAUUUGAGAUUGUCCCCCAAAAAUAGCUUUUGAUAGUUACUUUAGAUGUUCACACCCUACGCAGGAUAAAAAGGCAAUGGACAAAUUAAUUAGUCAAAUAAAUCAAAGUCAGAGCCCACUAAGUUGUGCUUGGAAAUGAAUUGCAGAAAAGAGCUCACCGAGUGGGCUGCAAAGACAUGGUCGUAUGGAAGUAAGUCUGUGUCAUCGGGUUUUGAAAGAAAAAGGUAAUAAUUGGACAUGGUUACAAUCCGGUCACCAUGCUGCCCACAAGCCCAAGUUGUAUUGGGUGCUCGCUCCUUUUGCUUGACGCACGCUGCUGAUCUUGAAUCUAGAAUCGAUUGCUUUUCCUUGAGGUCCCGCAUGUUGUGGUUGAAUUUUUUGAAGUUGAAUAUUUUAACGUUGAAUUAUUUGUGGAUGGAUUUUUUGCAGCAUCAUUUUUGCAUCACCUUUUACUUUCAAAACCCGAUGACACAGAUUUACUCCAUAUGGUCCUGUUGAAUUCUGCAGGUUGUGCCUCUACUGAGAAGGUCCACUGGUGCAGCCCGUCAGUCAGUGCCUUGCUAAACAGCAUGAAAGACUUGAAAGACCAGUUGUGGGAAUUGGAAAAUGUGCUCUCUGAUGUAUUUACAACACUUAUUUUUUUACUGUAAAUGUUUUUUUAUUAUUUUAUUUCAGAUACUGAAACAAAAGCUUAAUAUAUUAUUGAAUAUUAAUUGUAUGUUAUAGUACGAAUGUCUGACUUGUGUCCAUUUUUCAGAAUUUACCAAUGCACUUACAUUUGUUUUAUCAACUGGUUACCUAUUGUAGAUUGAAUAAAUCAGUCUAAAAUCAUGCAGCAAUUUUAUGUCUUUAAAAUCAGUUUGAGGAAAAAGUUGUUAGCCCUGGCUAAAAUAAAAUAAUUUUGCAGUGCGCUUGUAUUGUGAAUUUAUUCCAUGGCUUUGCGUGUGGACG